AUGCCGCAGAAUCUUUCCGACUACAUCAGUCGUCUGAUCCAAGUGCCCCGCACCUCUCCCUUUGCCUUGGCCCUGCAAAAUUCUACUCACAUGCUCGCAGUGCCUACGAGGGAAUGCAGCAUCUACUCGCGACUAUGGUGCGGCUAUGAGGCAUACCUGGCGACGUAUUAUAACAAGGUGGUGAUCACUGCCAGGCCUUCGUUGGAAUGGCUUCCUUCCUUGGCUGUGGGAAUGGCAAUUUGGGCUGUAGGUGCCAUUGCCGGAUUUUUCUGGAGCACUGUCGGGGCAGAAAGCACUGCGAGCUCAACAGCCACCUUUGAAACAUGGAAAUCGGUGACCCACGCCCUGCAGGUCUCCUACGCCCUGGGAAUGCAACCCCCAUUCGCGUUUGAAGAUGCAGCGGCCGGCUGCGUGGUGCUGGUGGUCCUUUGUGGCCGCUCAUCGCACUGUGUUGCCUUCCUCAACCUUCUGGGUGCCUUAGCAGUUGGCUUUAUCCUCGGCUUUUGGGCCAAAAUCUUUGGUGCACUUGCACAGCUGCCGCUCCGCAUCAUAGCGGGAGACCCUACUGGAAAGUUCUUUUUGAUUCCGCUGUUUGCUGUUUUCGUUGCAACCAGCGAGAUGGAUCGACUUCGUGCUUUGCAGCGAAAGCAAGAGGCCACACUCCUGGAAUUGCCCCAGAAUGCUCGUGUCCAAGAUGCCCAGUGCGGGAAGCCAGAAGACACGCUCACCAUCACCAAUGAGAUUGGCGACCGCUGGGGCCAUGUAGAAGCUUCAGUCAAGGUGCUUUUGGACUCGGGGAUGUCCACGCCGGCAUUGAGGGAAGUCACGCAACAUGGAUUUUCUGUGCGAGGCCUCGCGGAUGUGAAAUUUUCCCGGUGUUGGCUGGGCCUGGCUGUGUGGUUGUUUCACUUCCUUUUAUACGGAGGCAGUGAUGCUGUGCUGGGCGUCAUCAAUGGCAUGGUCGUGGGUGUCACUGUGGUAUUAUGGUGCAAUGCGGAACGCGAUGACAAAGCCUUCUUGGGUUCAAUGUCCGUCAAGAUUGUGAUCACUGUGGCCGUCUGCACUUAUGCCAUCUCGUACGCAUUCCAUCUCGAUCAUAAACUGGACGAGGACAAAAAGGCUCGGUUCGGUGACUUCGUGCUGCUUGGAAUUGCGAUUGUUUGUCUUCUCUGUCACCUAGCUGGCCUUAAGGGAUUCAUGCGUCUGCCUGUUGCUCGGUGUCUCUUUGGGGCGCUGCGACCCAGGUGCUAG